AUAUUCAAAGUUAGACAUGUUUUUUCGUAGUUUUUAAUGUCAUCGCAACGUAAUUUAAUGACCUUAGCGACCGCGAAUGCAUAACCAAAAUUAAAUACAUUCAGACGGAGUGGUAGUCACAACCAUUCACAACAAACGUGAAUUUGGCCAGUACGGGCCAAACGAGUGUUUUGACUUUUGAGUUUAGACGUCCGUUUUGACAUAUCGAAUACGAAUAAUACCUAAUACCAGUAAGUUGAAUGGAAAACUAAAAAUGAUCUUAUUACAUACUCUGAAUAUUUUUAGGAACCUCAAAUAUCUGAGAAUGACUGGUAAAGCUGCUAUUGAACGUAUAAAAGAAAAUGCUGAAGUUGCCAAAAACACCAUUAAUGAAUUGAAAAAUGAGAUGAAUGUAUUGAACAACGAAUACAACACAAUUUUGGCACAGCAAUUACGUGAAGAAAAUGCACAGUUACUUGCAGCUGUGGAGGCAGCAAAAAACAAACUUGUUCAACUAGAGUUACAAAAGGGCAUAAAGCAGACACCUCUUCCAAACCAGACUAUACUACAAAGCUCAGUGAUUGAACCACCAGCACCAGCCCUUAGUACUGCUACUCAUACAACUCCAGAUUCAUCUGCCAAACCCAAAAAAGACAAAAAACCCAAACCUCCAAAGGAAAAGGAAGCAGCUGCUGUUGAACUUCCAGUAAAUAUUGGUAGACUGGAUUUGCGAAUUGGCAAAGUUGAAGCUGUUCAAAGACAUCCUGAUGCAGAUGCCUUGUAUGUAUUGAAAAUUGAUUGUGGAGAAGGAAAGCCUAGGACUGUCUGUUCAGGACUAGUGAAAUAUGUGCCUAUUGAUGAGCUCAGAGAUAGGACAGUCAUUGUACUAUGCAAUUUGAAACCUGUCAAGAUGAGGGGAAUCACCUCUGAAGCCAUGGUGAUGUGUGCCAGUAGCGAUGCGGGGGUAGAAGUACUCACCCCUCCCUCUGACAGUUUGCCAGGGGACCUUGUCCAUUGUGAAGGCUAUACCAGACAGCCGGACUCUAUAAUGAACCCGAAAAAAAAGAUUUUUGAAACCGUGGCUCCCGAUUUACACACCAACAACGAGUUGCAGGCUUGCUACAAGAACGUGCCCUUUAACGUUGCUGGAAAGGGCUUUUGUACUGCUAAAUCUUUGAGGAAUGUACCAGUGAAAUAAAAAUGUUAUUUAUUAUUAUUAUUAUUAUAUUACUGAAUGAAAUUGUUUUCUACUAACAAUAAAGCAGAAAGUUUCAAUUUAUUAUAGGUAUCACUCAAUACAGUAACAAAGAAUAGGAAGACCUAGUAUUAAAAAGGUGUUGACACUAAAAUGUGCAAGUAUUUUGUUACAAAAUAUGUACAAUUAUACUAUCGACUGUUUGUACAAUCGUCUUGAUAGUAUGUAGUUUACCUGAGGAGAAAAGAAUUCGUUAGCAUUCGAAUUUUUCUGAGAAAAAGCACAAGUAACUGAAAACCUGUAAAUAGUCACAUUUUCCCAACAAUAUUAAAACAUGAUGAAAGCACUGAAAUUAUAAGAAUCCUGAGAGACAAGUUGGUGGUUCAGCAAUCCCAUAGAUACAUCAUCAUUUUGAUAUUAUGUGAUAUAACUGCAGUAAAUUUCCUGUUAACUUGCACCUUUUCCAAAUGUUCGCUACCCUAAUGCAACAAUUAGGUCUACAUGAGAAAUAGUGAUGUGGAUUUGCGGCAAGAAAGCACUUUCAUAUAAUAUGAAAAUUACAUAGAAACACGACAUUUGAACAAAUGGAAGGACAUUACGUGAGGAUGCGCGAAAUUGGUCAUUCUCAAAGUCUACGAGCGGUCUAACUACAAGAUAAUCAAAACCGUAAACUAAGAUAUUCAAUUUUAUUCAGUAGUACACCUACCGCAAUCUUGCCUCAACCGAUCCUUAUCUCAUUCAUGCUUCAUUCUUAACUGAACUACAUAACCCAAUGUAGUUUAAAUAUAUAUCUAUACCAACGUCGUUCGAGCAUCUAACCUAACCAACAUCAUCAACUCACUCCUCUAACCCAUCCUGGGUGCAAGCGACGGGUGUAAAAAUAUUUAAAAUGGCCGCCGAUGACAAACGAUCAAUGACACGUGACCUUCCGGUGCAUCUAUCAUACAUCAGUUGAACCUUACGAGUUGGCUAUCGGCGGGGUCGGAUGCACCGCGGAAGGUCACGUGUCAUCGAUUGUUUAUCAUCGGCGGCCAUUUUGAUCGUUUUACAUUCCUUACUUGUACCGAAAGAGUGCAUUCACCUCUGCAAGGUAAGUUUGAGGAGUGAGUUGAUACUGUAGGAUAGGUUAGAUGUUUGAACGACGUUAGUACAUCCAAACAUGGGUUGCGUGCAAAAUCUGUCUGGAGGUAAAACAUUGAAACACAACCUCGCUCUUCUUAUUUGUUUACAAUUAUUUUGGCAUACGAAUCGUGUAUUUCGGCUAUUCAUUAAUUCGAACAUGCCUUCACAUUAUGGUGUUGUACAAUGAACAAAAAAUGCAGCGGGAUACGAAGGAAUCCGAUUUUGCAGGUAGGUACAUUGUGAACCAAAAGUACUAUAGUCACUCACAAAUAGAUUUCAUUUUGUAAUGUUGUCAUUUCUCGUUGGAAUUUUUUCUGCAAUAGGAACAAAUAGAAUUACUGGUGAAGUUUCUAAAAGAAGGCAAGAAGAUUGGAUUAAUGCAAUCAAUCAAAAGGGGAGGUUUGGUCUGACAUGCUGACGAAAUAUGAUCGUGUGUGUUGUAGCAAUUUUCAUUCUAUUAGCAGUAUCAGCUUCUAUUGCAGAAGUGCAUUUUUUGUGCAUUGUACAUUUGCACAAUGUGAUGGCAUGCUUGAAUUAAUGAAUAACCCAAAAAACACGAUUGUGAUGUUGUGUUCCAAUGUUUUACCUCCAGGGACGGUUAUCGUGCACGCGACCUAUUGGGAUCGAUUGAGGCGAGUGUGUAGGUGGACUAGUGAAUAAAAUUCAUUCUUGUUAUUGUCACGUCAUCUCAGUUUGCGGUUCUUAAAAUCGGCUUGCGAUUAGACUGCUCGUACACUUCGAGAUGAUCUCAAGAACGACCAUUUUCGUUAUUUUGUACCUGAAAUUUUCUUAUUAGUAGAGACAUUUGAUAACGAAAUGAUAUAUGUCCCAAGGGAAAGUAAAAACAUUGUAGUUUAUCGAACGGCAGCUCUUGGACUAUAUGGAAAAAGUGGUAUGUUUCAAAUUAUUCAAGGCCGGCCCAGUACGAUAUAUGCACUAUACAUGUUGGUCGAUCAAUCAACUUCUCCAAUAAGGCGAUCACGUGCUAUUCGUGAAUUUAAUUUAGUGUGAAAAUUAGCAUUUUCCUUCCCUUUGAUGUGUAUAGAUCAGUGCGUGGAAAAUAUAGGUGCCUUGUUAUCCAUCACUUAUCACAAUGGGCCUUUCCAGUCAUUUCUAUAACAAAUAUAUAUCGAAAUAUAUGGCUCUGGAAUUACUUAAAAUAAUUUUUUGAGAUUUAUUUACCAUCAAUUCAUCAUAUAAAAAAUGAUUGAAAACGCCAAAAUGAACGAACGAAUUCAAAUGAUCAGACUUGGCCGCGAAACGUGUGACGUCAGUGCGCGAGCGAUUUGGAUUGGUAAUGCCACAGUAAUGCUCUCACCUUCUCGCGGGUGCCAAUUAAAUGCAAUAUGGACUUGACAAUGAUGCCAAUUUGUACAGAAAGCUAUAAUCAGUAGGAUAUGCAUUUCUCCUUUUUUUUCAUUUUAGGAAAUAAUACACUCAUCGCCUUGAAAAAAUUCCAAUACCUACCUCCUCUCCCUAUCAUCCCUAGGUAUGCAUGAUGUUCUUGAAACAUUAUAGGGAUAUCCUUUCGGGCGCUCCAAGCAAUAAAAAAGAUGCUGUUAGAUAACUCAAUAGUACCUACAUACUUACCUGAAAAUUCGUCGACUUUGGGUUUUUAUCUAUGAACUACACCACUCCACUUUGAGUUACCAUGGACUUCUUCCAAAAAUUAAUUCCUACCUUAUUUCCCUUGGUUCUCACGAUGUUCUCUGAACAUUACAGGAUAUCCCUUUUCGUAGAAACCAGAACAUGAAAAAAGCUAUACGUACCUACCUAUACCUACCUACUAAUACAUACCUACUAUAUGGAAAGGACACAUUUUGAUUAAUACAUACUAAAUUGCUUGUUUGAUUCUAUUUUCUAUCACUGCCUUCUUGUCAAUAAUAUUGAGAAAUCAGAUCAGUGAAGUUAUGCGGAGGUAUUUUCGCUUGGCAACAUUGUGUUAGAGCCAAUUGUUUAAUCUCUUUCUCUUGUAAACUUAGUUGCCACAUUAGCAAUUACAUUUUCCCUCCGGGAAUGAGUACUUGAGAUAUAGUAACACUAUUCAAUGGGUUGAUUAUAACAAUUAGUCAACAAAAUCAUAUCAAAUCUCAAACCAAAACAUAUGAAAAGCGUCUUAUUUACUGUUAGAUGCCUAUAUCACAUUUUAUCCUAGCUAAUCUUGAAACUAAUGAAAUAUUUCGGAGUGUAGAAUAAAUCGAAUGUGAUCAGCAAUCAACUAAUCGUCAACUACAUAGCAAUCAUGACAUUCUUUGCACCACCAAUCAAUCAAUCAUCGAUCAAUUCAAGGAUUUCAUAGAGACCUGGCAACAGCGACGUGCUUCUCAGCCGUCACAAACUCCAACCAAUCGAAUUGCAAGACGACACUGACAUCACAGCUCAGUAGCAUUCAAAUUCACAAGUAUUGAAAUAGCAUUUUCAUUAUGAAAUAAUUCAUUUAUUGUUCGAUUUUUCCCAUAAAUAUAGGUCGCGUGCACGAUGACCGACCCUGGAGGUGGAAUAUUGGAAUACAACCUCACUCUUCUGUGAAUUAUUGAAACACAACCUCACUUUUUUAUUUGUUCACAGAGGAAUCAAAGGAUUGAAAUAGUUUUUCUCAACAUUUUGGCAUACGAAUCGUGCUUUUUGCUCUAUUCAUUAAUUCAAGCAUGCCUUCGCAUUGUGCAGUUGUACAAUGCACAAAAAAUGCAGCGAGAGACGAAGGAAUAUGAUUUUUCAGGUAAAUAGUUGUCAUUCCUUCUGCCACUCCUGCAAUAGAAGCUAAUACUGCUAAUAGAUUGAAAAUAUCUACAACACACACGAUCAUAUUUCGGCAUGUCAGACCAGUCCUCCCGGUUGAUUGCAUGAAUCCAAUCUUCUUGCAUUAUUUUAGAAAUUUCACGAGUAUUUCUAUUAGCUCCUAUUGCAGAAGGAAUUCCGAUGAGAAAUCAGAGAAAUUACCAAGUUUCAAAAAUGAAAACUAUAUGUGAGAGACUAUAGAAUAGGUACUAACUUUUAAAUCAUGAUGUACCAACAGGAUUCCUUCGUCUUCUGCUGCAGUUUUUGUGCAUUGUACAACAGCACAAUGUGACGGCAUGAGCGAAUUAAUUAAUAGCCGAAAAAUACUAUUCGCAUGCCGAAAUAAUUGUGAAAAACUAUUUCAAUCACUUGUAAACAAAUAAGAAAAGUGAGGUUGUGUUUCAAUGUUGUUCCUCCAGGGUCGGUCAUAUGGUCAGGAUAACGUUUUUGACUUUCCUUCAUGACAUUAUAAUAGCGAAAAAGUGUCAACAUUUCACGAUAGUGGAAAGGCCUAUUCUCUCCUUCAUCAUUGCAUCAGAGCAGUACCACAACAAAUCAAAAACACCAGAAAAAAAUCAUACAACCUUUCUUGUCCGCUCGUGAGACAGCCCCCGUCGGCGCGUUCAACGCCUGUGCGACCUCUUACCCCUGCCGCUGCUCGCGCUCCUCGACCUCUUCCUCCUCUCUCCCCUACUCCUCCUGUCCCCCCUACUCCUCCUCUCCGACCUGCUGCUACUCGGGGACCUCUUCGAGUACCGGCUGCUCGAAGGCGAUCUCUUUGAGUAGCGGCUGCGCGACCGACUGCGCGAAGACUUCGACCGUCUGGACCGGUUCCUGGACCUCGAUCGGUCUCUGGACCGCCUGGAUUUCUUGUAGGAGGAGGAGCGGGAUCUGGAGCGACGCGAGGAGGACUUCUUCUUGGAGCCGGUCGAGUCGCGCCGUCUGGAGCCGUUAGAGUCGCGUUUGGAGUCUCUGCGUUUCGGUGGAGAAGGCGAGCGCGACCUGUUUCGUUGGGAAA